AUGAACCAGACUGUGUCCGGGUAUAAUCUUACCCAGGAGAAAUCCGAAUGGGAUAUAAUUAUAGAGCAAUAUGGAAUACGUCCUCUGUCCCGAUCUGGAUAUUAUGCUACAGGGAUUUACCUGUUAAUAACAGGCAUCAUAGCAACAAUAGGAAAUCUAAUGGUGUUGGUGAUGUUCGCCAGGGAUAGAAAGUUGAGACGGAAGCCACAUAACAUGCUGUUACUGAACCUAGCUAUAUCAGAUUUUGGAGUCUCAUUGUGUGGAUACCCAUUAACUACUGCCUCCAACUUUGCUCAACGAUAUUUGUUUGGAUCAACUGGGUGUAUAAUUCAGGGAUUUUUAACGUUUACUCUGGCCCUGACAGAUAUGAACACUCUGGCCUGUUUAAGUGUAUAUAGAUACAUCACUGUUUGUAAACCUCAUUACAUCAAUAAGUUGGAUAUAAAGUGUACAUUACGGAUUAUUGUAUUUUUAUGGUGUUACUCCUUUCUGUGGACAGUUCCACCUUUAUUGGGUUGGAAUUCUUAUAUAUUUGAACCAUUUGGGACCUCUUGCAGUAUUGAUUGGAUGAAUUCUGAGCCGUUUGCUCAAGCCUAUACAUGGUGCCUUGUAUUAUUCUGUUACCUCAUUCACCUGAUUACUAUGAUCGUCUGCUAUUUCCACGUGGUUCGGCGAACCAAGGAACUAAACAUCAGUCUUGACCUCUCUUCGCCGUCUGUUGGAACACCGGCAGAAGUCGAAUGCUGUUCAAAACUUCAUCUAGAAAAACAUGUUACAUGGAUGAGUGUCAUUAUGACCUCGACAUUCAUCAUCUUAUGGACGCCGUAUGCCUUCGUCUGUCUAUGGUCUGUACAUGAUAAUACCCUACCUGCCUGGAUUACCACCUGGCCCACUAUGUUCGCUAAAGCUUCAUGUAUGGUCAAUCCAGUAGUGUACUACAUGAGCAAUCCUUUAUUUCGAAAAUGUGCUAAGAAACUUUUAUGUUGUGAGGCUGGACCUACUGAAAUAAGGCCCCGAUUGCGUUACCGUGUAGACAGAAACAAUGGCAACUUUCUCAGGAAUAAGGAGACCAACCAGAUCGAAACCAAGUUCUUUUGA